UCAUCAUAAAAAUAAACCCAACAAUACCGUACGGAAAAUCCCUUUUUAAUUAUUUCACCCCAAAAAUUCCCAAUGGCAUUUUCGUUAUUUUACCCCAAAUCCAAGGUAAUUUCACUUCAAUACCGCCCUUUUAUCAUAAGCUUCUUCUUCACUCUUCAUUUUUCUCUCUCCUUCCAUUUCUGCAACUCCAUAUUUGUUUUUGUUGUUUGUUUUCUCUCUCCUCUUUUUCUUCUUCACAGAAUACCAUGGAUUCCAACCUCGAAGCUCCAACCUCCAUUAAUGGCGGUGAUUUUCUCUCUCCUCCAUCUCCGCCACCACUGCAGAAGGAAGACGACAACAACGACGAGGAAGAUGAUGAUGAUUUCUACAUCGAUGACAGUAACUGUUCGACGCCAUUUGUGAGCGCGCCUUCGAGUCCAGGUCGUUCGUACUAUCCUUCUGGAUUCUUCUACAGUGCACCUGCAAGUCCCAUGCAUUUCGUCCUCGCUACUGCUCAGGCGAGAUCCUCCGCCGGCGGUGGCUUAAUUCCGGCGAGUUCCGACGCUUCCUCCUCUACUGGCUCCUUCGAGUUCGAGUUCUCCGCCCGAUUCGACUUGCCGGCGCCGGAGAUUGGACCGCCUAUGUCCUCCGCUGAUGAGUUGUUCCUCAACGGUCAGAUCCGUCCGAUGAGGCUUUGCGCUCAUCUACAACGGCCGCAGAAGCUUCCGUCUCUGACAUUGCUGGAAUCUGAGAGAGAAGAUGAAGAAGACGACGAUUAUUGCGAUGAUGAUGAUGAGAAGAGUAAUGUGUUUCAGAGGUCGAGGUUGAGGAACAGAUCUCAACGGAGAAGAACUCGGUCUCUCUCUCCUCUUCGGAGUACGGCGCCGUUUGAGUGGUACUGCUCUGACGACGCCGUUUCGACUCCGACGAAGAAGGCGGAGGAAGGUGAGAGUGAAGCAGGAGGUGAGAAGGAGAAGGACGGCGGCGAAACGACGCCGUCGGGGAGUUCGUCGCGGUGUUCAUCGGCGGGAAGGAGUUCGAAACGGUGGGUGUUUCUGAAGGAUUUUCUGAGGAGUAAGAGUGAAGGAAGAAGUAACAACAAAUUCUGGCAUAAUAUCAACAUCUCGUUUUCUCCGGCGAAAGAAAAACGAGAGAAAGGAAGCAACAACAAUAGUAGUAAUGUCAAUGAAAAUACAAAUGUAAAUGCAAAUACGAAUUCGGCGUCGUGUUCCGAGGAUAAGAAGGCGAAGAAGAAGGAAGUUCCGGCGUCGAAAGGGAAGGGGAUGCCGGGCGGAAAGAGGAGGUCGGCGCAUGAGAUGCACUACGCUGCGAACAGAGCGCAAGCAGAGGAGAUGAGGAAGAAAACAUUCUUACCUUACAGGCAAGGUUUAUUGGGAUGUUUAGGGUUUAAUUCCAAGAGUUAUGGUGCACUUAAUGGGUUUGCUAGAGCUCUAAAUCCUGUCUCUUCUAGGUGAUAUCAUUAUCAAGUAUCAACCUAUCAUCAUCAAAAACGUUUUUAAAAAGAAACCCAAAUCAAGUGUAUUAUUGAUUAAUAGGGUCUAAGAAAUUGGAAAAAAAAAAAAAAAUACAAGUAGAUGAUUUUGUAUAGAGGAUUUGAUUUUCUUAUUUUCUCCACCUUUAAAUUUGAUAUAGGCCCCUAAUUUUUCUUUAAAUUUGUGUAUCUAGGGUUAAAUACAUGAUUAUAAUCAUGAUUGCUAUAUCAAUGUGUAGAUUAUGAUUGUUGGGUGCCUUCUCAUAUUGUCAACUAUAAAGGAGAAGAUUUAUUGUAGUAGCCUUUUUUUUUUAUUGGUUGCUAUGGUGGAAACACUUGGAAAAA